AUGGAAUCUCCAUCGCUAACAGUACCAGACGUUGACGACCAAUGCACUGAUUUUGGUGUGGCUACUGCCUCUGUAAGCUGGCCUGCAGUAUCUGGCACCAACCUGGGUGGACAAGCCAUCUCAUGUAGUGAAGGAGGUAUUGCUGUGCCUCUCAGUGGCGGUAUCGCCUUUAGGGUGGGCGCUCACACCGUGAUCUGUCAGGUCGACAAUAAUAGUUGUUCUGUUUCGCAAACCUUCUCGUUCACUGUCCGACAAUCAUCGAUUCUUAACCUGCCAGCUGUCGCCGAUCGUUGUGCGGUCUCUUGGUGGGUGUAUGCCCAGGUUUCAUGGCCCCGAGUGACCGCCACGCACAGCGACAACAACCAAAUCGUCUGUAUAGCGUGGGGAAUCUCUAUGCCGCUCACAGGGGGUUGGUGGUACCUGCAGGACCAUACACACGUCCACACCUGCGUUGUCACCAAUAAUGCUGGUUGCGCAGCGGUGGGAGCCUUCGAUUUCUAUGUGUUUGCAAAGCCCCGCAUAACGGUGCCAUUGGUUACUAACCAGUGUACCCUGCCUGGACAGAAUGAUGUCGUAGUUUCGUGGCCUGCAGUGACAGGCGGAUACUUGGAUGGCGAAUCCAUCAUUUGUACCGAUCAGAAAGGAAAUGAUGUGCCUCUCAGCGGAGGCAUCUCGUUUGGUGUUGGAUAUCACACAGUGACCUGCGGUGUUAAGGUUGAAAUCUGCAGCACAUCAGAGAGCUUCUCGUUCAGUGUCUAUGAGGCCAAUUUUGUUUCUUUCGGAACCGCAGUCGGGGAUAGGCGUCUUUCACAAGAACAACAACCACCAUCACUGUCGUCUAACAAAGAUUUGAUCUCAAGAACCAUCACCCCACCAAAUUUCUUUCCUUACUGCAAUGAGCUGCAUGAGAAAAUUUAUUUCGCAGAUAAUGGUGUCAUUGUCUUCUCCAAUGCCCGAAGUCUGUACAAACGAGGUUACCCAGGCACCAGAAAAUCUUUCUUCACGGGCCCAACAAAAAUGGUAGCUCCUUUUUGGGCGGACGUCAACAGCAGAAGGUUUUCUCAGACAAGGAAUGUCUUCUUUCAGGUAUAUGAAGGCAGUGGCUCAACCAUGUUAUCUACCUUGAGUAGCAUCGUGUCGGCCCGGUAUGGCAGCUUCAAUGCAGCCUGGGCUCUUGUCAUCACAUGGCGCUAUGUAGAAGCCCUCUCACCCGAUAAAAGUACCAACUCUUUCCAAGCUGUGCUUGUGACAGAUUACAUUCAUGGCUAUGUUAUCUUCAACUAUGAGCGCUGCGGCAUGAACUGGAACGAAAACCUCCUGCCAAAUGACAACGUCAUCCAGGGCUUCACCUGCGGACAAUAUGGCAACAAAUUCUACCUGAACGUACCAAGCUACUUACGUUUCCGCCCUGGAAGUGUUAUGGGAAAUACCGGGAUGUACGGGCGCUGGGUCCAGAGACUUGACAGCCUACCGGACAAUUUUGUGAAUCCCCGCUUGUUCUGUCGUAACUGGUACAGUGGGCAGGUUACUUUAGGUUACUACUGGUAUUGGACUGCGCACACUUGUCCAUGCAGUUGGUGGCAGGCACGUUGGGACCCAAGAUGGAUAUCCAUCGCUUACAGUUAUUUCCUCCCAAAUUCAGGAAGCAGCUCAUCAGUUGCUGCUGUUUGCUAUGUUCGUGCUUGGCAGUUUCCUUAUACCCCGGGUCCGGUAUGUUGCUACAGCACAUGGACAUGGAGUCUUCUCCGGGGCGUCAGGAAUGCUGUAGUUGCUUCUGUCUUUGAGUAUUAUCCAGUCAGUCCCUGGUUUUAUUCACCUAGUCUGUUCAACCAGCGGUAUGAUCAGGAAGUACUGCCUCGGUAUUACUGCUGUCAGGCUUCUACACUCUGCUACCUCUACAAUUACUACAGACCGGCCAUGGGUUGCUAUAGUUACCGACCACCAUGGUGGUUCUGGUUCUGGGGAGACCCUCACAUCAAAACCCUGGACGGAGUUGAGUACACCUUCAAUGGCCUUGGUGAAUACACAGUAGCACUCAUGGAAGAUGAGAACGGAGCACAAAUCUUUGAACUACAAGGCCGGACGCAGCGAGCUACCAAUGUAGAAACUGGUCAACUAACGGAUGCAACAUUCUAUUCUGGGUUUGCUGCGGAGUAUUCCGGAGAGGGACGGGUUGAGGUAAAAUUAAACAAAAGGCAGGAAGCCGACGACCUGAUAACAACUGUCAAUGGAGAUGUUGUCACGCCUACAACAGCAGGAUUGCUAAUUGGCAAUGUGACUGUCAAAAGGGAUGCUUCAACUAACAAAGUGGUCACCAUGUUCCCUGGCGAUAUUCAGUUUACAGUAGGAGUAAACAACAGCAUUGGAGACAUUACUGUCCAGUUAGGGCAAACGUAUCAAGGACAAACCAAAGGAUUACUGGGCGUUUGGGAUGGCGACCAAAGCAAUGAUGCAACCAGACGUGAUGGUACUAUACAACCAGCCACCGGUGACAACGGAGAGAUGAUUGAAAGAGACUUCUAUAAUUUUGGUGAAACCUGGCGUAUCACUGAACAAGGUUCUCUAUUCUACUAUGUGGGUGACGAAACUUGGGCACUAUCAAAUGACCACUCCUUCCUGCCAAGUUUCUAUGAAGAUCUUGUCGCAGCUGCCACUCCGGAAAAGCUUCAAAAGGCUCAGGAGUUAUGCGGGGACAACAAGAUGUGUUUGUUUGACACACUGGCGACGGAAGAUGAAAGCAUCGGACAGUCUACAGUGAUGCUGAAUGAAAUAAACUCUGAAACCGAAAGUGCAGCAACAAACUAUCCACCAAACAUAACCGCUUCGGAUACCAUCAGGGUAUCGGUGGGUGUGGAAUUCGCAGAACAACUGGAAGCCAUGGAUCCUGAUGGAGACGAUGUUGUAUUUUCAUUGGUGGAGCCAAUUGAAGGUGCAUCCAUCACCGAAGAGGGUGGUCUCUUCACAUGGACGCCAGCGGACCAGUCAAAGGUCAUGGUUGCGUUCCUAGCAACAGAUGGCAAAGCUAAUACCACACACGAACCAACCGUACAGCUCUGUGACUGCAUGAACGGUGGCACGUGCCUGUGGGAUGAGUUUGUGAUUGGCACGGAUGUUGUCGAAGACAGUUUUGGUGUGGUGCUUUGCGAGUGUGAGCCUGGCUGGAGUGGUGAGUUCUGUGAAGUGGAUUACGACGCCUGUGAGGACGGCCCCUGUUUCAUAGGCGUGGCUUGUUUCGAUGAAGCGCCACCGUCGUUGAACAGCACCUGUGGGCCCUGCCCUGAAGGACUUGAGGGUGACGGCAGGUUCUGUCAGGAUAUCGACGAGUGUGAGCUAUACAAAGACGAGCCAGCCAGCAGCGGUGGACGUGGCUGCGAUCAGAUCUGCAACAACACCCUCAUGGACUACAACUGCAGCUGUGAAUGUGGCUACUCCUUGUACAUUGACAACAGGCGAUGCAUUGAUAUUGACGAAUGUGAAUUGGACCUGCACAACUGUAGUGUCAACGCCGUGUGCAACAACACCCAGGGCAGCUACGAGUGUGACUGUAAACCAGGCUUCAGGGACGACUUCAUGGAUGGAACGUCGUGUACAGACCUCGUGGAAUGCACAGACAAUAGUAGCUACACUUGCGACGAGAAAGCUAAGUGUGAAAACACCAUCGGCUCGUACCUGUGUGUGUGCAUUGCGGGAUAUGAAGGUGAUGGCAAGACAUGUCAAGAUCUGAAUGAAUGCGCAAGAGACAUGGAUGAUAAUUGUCACGCUGAAGCCGAUUGUACAAACACCGUGGGGUCAUACACGUGUGCGUGUCGGGAUGGCUGGACUGGCGAUGGCACCAACUGCACCAAUAUAGACGAAUGUGCCGCACCGUUACCAGUCUGUGAUGAGAACGCUGAGUGUACGGACACUCAAGGCAGCUUUCUAUGCCAGUGCAACGCUGGUUAUGUUGGCAACGGAAUGAUGUGUGCGGAUUUGAAUGAGUGUACCACUGGUCAGGACGAUUGUUUGGCCGUUACUGGUGAGUGCAGCAACACAGUGGGUAGCUUUGACUGCAGGUGUAAGGAUGGAUACACCGGGGACGGUCGGACAAACUGUACAGAUAUCGAUGAGUGUCAGGGAAGCAAUGAUUGUUCUGAAAACGCUAAUUGCACCAACACGGUUGGCAGCUAUCAGUGUGACUGUGUGACUGGAUACGCAGGGGAUGGACAGACCUGCACAGACAUUGACGAAUGCACUCUUGAAUUAGACAACUGCCAGCAAGAGUGCUCUAACACGGAAGGAUCAUUUGCUUGCAAUUGUAGUGCAGGUUUCACCCUUCAAUAUGGAGUUUGCCAAGCUGAAAUGCUGUGUUCGGGUACAAAUUGCACACAGGGUGAGUGCUACAGAACCAACAAAGCAGACGUGUGCCUCUGCUACCCAGGAUACGCAAUCGAUGUUAAUCCCUUAGUCUGUGAAGAUAUUGAUGAGUGCACAAGCCCGAGUGACCCUCACAUGUGUGGUGCCAAAUCGAUGUGUGUUAACAUGGACGGCAGGUACGAGUGUCGUUGCUAUCCCGGCUACACUCUCAACAGUGACCAACGGACCUGUUCAGAUGUGAAUGAAUGCCAAGCUGGUACUCAUAAGUGCGACGCUAUGAGCCAGAUGUGCGUCAACGAUGAACCCUACUUCACUUGUGACUGCAAGCCUGGCUUCAGCAGCGAGAGUUUCAACGGAUCCUGCUCAGACAUCAACGAAUGUUUGAACGACACCUUGAAUGAUUGCCACAGCGACGCUGACUGCCUGAACAAUAACGGUUCCUUCACCUGCCAAUGCAAGGACGGAUUUACUGGCACCGGACAGCUAUGCUUUGAUAUUGACGAAUGUUCCUUGCCCACAAACGACCCGAAGUAUGCCAACUGCAGUCUCUCCGCAUCGUGCACCAACCUGGCGGGCUCAUUCCAAUGCAAUUGCAACACGGGAUACGAAGGGGAUGGGCAAACUUGCGAAAAUAUCAACGAGUGUGAGAGUGGGAUCUCCGCGUGCGCUACCAACAGCACCUGCACGGACAACGAAGGCAGUUAUCUCUGCACGUGCGACGAUGGUUUCCGUGGUGAUGGCUUCACCUCGUGCGUCAACAUCAAUGAGUGUCAGGAGAACCCUGGCGUGUGUCACUCCUUAGCGACGUGCACAGAUACUGAGGGGAGCUAUCGCUGCGACUGUAACCAGGGUUAUCAAGGAAAUGGCACAUAUUGUGAAGAUUUGAAUGAAUGCAUGACCGGUACCGAUGAGUGUGCAGCCAACAUUGCUGAGUGUACGAACAAUGUCGGUAGCUACAUGUGUUCCUGCGUAGAUGGUUAUGUCUCUGCAGGCUUCCCAACUGGUAGACAGUGCGAUGAUGUUGAUGAGUGUGCGCUGAAUCUUGACAACUGCGAUACAUCGGUGUCUCUGUGUAACAACACUAUCGGCAGCUACAUGUGUGACUGUAAGGAGGGGUAUGAAAAGAAUGCAUUGGGCCAGUGUGAAGAUGUGAAUGAAUGUGAUGACACUCCGUGUACGAUGGCCGACUCCAUGUGCGCCAAUCUGCCAGGGACAUAUGAGUGCAACUGCAUGUUAGGAUUCUAUCAACAAUCCUCAUCAUGUCUGGCGGCUUAUUCAAAAGAGGCAUCUGCCGUGUUUGAAGUCAUUAGCGGCUUGGCUGUGGACAGUGCUGGAUUUGAUCUGGCAACAGGCUCCGUCACCUACCGCCAAGAUUUGAAGAAUUCGAUGGAGGAAGCCUUCAACGAUUCUUCUUUGAGUAGUUCCUUUAGGGAUGUCGUCAUCACAAACUUGACUCUGAACUCGGACUCAACAGCAGCUCUCCUGAAGUUGGUCAUCAACUUCCAAAGUGGCUCUACGCACUCGGAUCUAGAGAUCAUCAUGGCAUUGCUUGGCCAGCUGACGGGUAGCAAUGGGGGUCAGCUGGCUCCCAACCACCAGCUGAUCAGACGGACAUUCAUCAUCGGCGACCCUAAGUGUGAUUCAGCGCCCUGCGAGAACAGUGGUGAGUGUGUUGAAGACAACUUAGCCACGGGAGGAUACACGUGCAGCUGCCCACUGGGCUACAGCGGACAAAACUGCCAAGUCGCACCAUGUGACGUCAACCCUUGUAUGAAUAGUGGGAAUUGUGCAGGUAACUCUUCAUCAGACACUGGCUACACCUGUACAUGUGGUCAAGGAUUCAGCGGCCCGCGGUGUGAAACGAUAGCCCCUUGUCAAAUAGGCAACGACUGCGUAAACGGAGCAACAUGUAUCGACGAUCUCAACAACUCUCGCGGAUACACCUGCAGCUGCGACGAAGGAUAUAAGGGAGAAAACUGUGAAAUAGUUUGUACGCUUUCAUGUGCAAAUGGCGGAACACUGGAUCUUGCAGCAUGCACAUGUACAUGCACCGACAACUGGAGUGGACUGAGCUGUGACGAUUGCGCAUUGGACUGCAUGAAUGGCGGUAAUCUGGAUCAAACGACAUGUCAGUGUAUGUGUGAUAACGAUUGGAUGGGAACGACCUGUACUGAUUGCGGCCUAAAUAGCUGUCCACCAGGAGAAAAUCUGUUCAACAGUACUUGUCAAUGCUCAGCUUGCUCGUCCACCUGUUUCAAUAAUGGAGUGCAGGAUCAGAAUUGCCAGUGUACAUGUGACAGUGACCAGAACUGGACAGGGGAUGACUGUUCCGAAUGUGCGUUACAAUGCGCGAAUGAUGCACAGCUUGAUAGGCAGACCUGUAAAUGUUUGUGCAUAGGUAACUGGAUGGGAAAAAAUUGCUCUGAUUGCCAACUGAGCUGUGCCAAUGGUGGGAAUCUCAAUAAUGGGACAUGUCAGUGUACAUGUGCAGGUAGCUGGACUGGAACCACCUGUUCUGACUGUCCACUUUCCUGCGCAAAUAACGGUACUCUGAAUGACGGAGCAUGUCAGUGUCAAUGCGAUAAAAACUGGAUGGGAAUUACCUGCGCUGACUGCAACUUGAUUUGCGAGAAUAGCGGAACGCUCAAAACUGCUACUUGCCAGUGUUCAUGUGCCCAGAGCUGGACUGGAGCUAACUGUUCAGAGUGCACGCUGUCUGCAUCCAGUUGCUCAAACGGAGGUACAUUUGAUGCAGAAUUCUGCCAGUGUCUUUGUCCAUCUGAUUAUGCUGGACCAACUUGUGCAGAUGUUCUCUUCUGA